AUGCUACUGAUAACACCAAAACCCGUCGACGAACUUUGUGCAAAUGAGCGCUUUUCACAUUUCAAGGGAUGUCUCGGUGCACUAGAUGGGACGUACAUAGGGUGUCGGGUUCCUUAUCUUGAUAAACCAAGAUACAGUAAUCGCAAGGGUAAUGUGUCGAUCAAUGUUCUAGCUGUUUGCGAUGAUAACAUGAAUUUUAUAUACCUACUUACGGGUUGGGAAGGGUCUGCAGCCGAUAGUAGAAUACUUCGUGAUGCAGUAACCCGAGACAAUGGUCUUCGAGUCCCCAUGGGUAACUACUACUUGGUUGUCAACGGUUAUACGAACGGGGAAGGUUUUUUGGCACCGUACAGAGGUUGUAGAUACCACCUCGAUGCAUAUGCAAACGGUCCAACCGCACCUAGAAAUUUUAGAGAAUUUUUUAACAUGAAACAUGCCAAGGCAAGAAACAUCAUCGAGCGGGCUUUUGGGCUUUUGAAGUCACGAUGGGCCAUAUUACGUAGUCCAGCAUAUUAUCCCAUCAAGGUUCAAAAUAGGACCGUAAUGGCGUGUUGUCUCCUACAUAAUUUUAUACGCACGACCAACGACUUUGAUCCAGAAGAGGAAACUUUAGACGAUUUUUUGAGGAAUAAUCCAGGCAUUAUUAACGGCGAGGAUUAUAUUAAUACUGUUGAGACUUCGGAGGAGUGGACGACCUGGCGAGAUACAAUUGCGAUUAACAUGUACAAUCAGUGGUUAUCGUCUCGAUAG